AAGCGGGAGAUGUUAUUCUUCAACGAGUUUUUAUGCAAUUUAAAGUCACGUUAAGGAUAUAUAAAUGACUUAGAGAGAGAUACAAGAUGGUAACCAAUUUUCCGAACGCAUUGGUUGCGACUUGUCGCAUUCCUGUUGGAAUUUAAACAUACUUCAAUAAAUUAGCCGUGUAGCUAACAGCGUUAGCUAGCAAGGUAGUUAGCAACGUGUGCUAGCUAGGCGACUAGCAAAUUCUCAGCUACCUAGCAGCUCUUUUUGUGGGAAAGUAACAUGAUAUUUGUGAGUAGUAGUGAUAUUUGAAAUAGCCUCAGCUAACCUGCCUCAGUCGAAUGACGUGCAUUAGCCUAAUUUGGUUUCACUAUAUUGACAGGUAGACUGAAAGCAGUUACGGCGAUUUAUCCUCAUACCAGCGGCGUUAUUUACAAAACUUUUGAGCCAUGUUGACUAAAAUCUACGAAUGGAUAGGAACAGGCUUUGCCAAUUUUCGCAAUGGCGUACCAGCUGCGGACCACUCUGAUGCACACCGGGCUCCAGGAGAUGGUCAGAUGAGGAGGAAAAGACCAAUUGAAUGUUUGGAAGAUGGACAUAACAUUGACGAAGAUGGCUUAAUAAUAAAGAAAUCUCGAAUGGGAGAUCUUAUUGAUACAGUCAAGAUUGCAGCCGAAGGGGUUAAAAGUCAUAGCUCUGGUGUGGCUGCAUGGAUGAGGAACAAUGUGAGCCCUACUUUAAGAAACAUACUGCCUACUUCCCCUGGUCCUCCACCUGGUGAACCACAGCCAUCAACAUCGGCAGAAGUCUGGGCCGGGAGGCCGAUUGCUGAAAGAAACUCCCUGGAUGAUACAUUUGCUGCUCCCUCGACAACUUUGGAAUGGAAAACAUCCAAAUCAUCCCUGGAGUGGUUGCAUAAUGAAAAGUCCAUUAUGGGAUCUAAAGUCUGUAGGCGACAAGUGUGCAUGAGUCCUACACACCGUGAAGUGCCAAAAACAAAUGGGCACUCAGUCAACUUGCCACCCUCCAUCACCCCUAAACUACAGCCCACUCCACGGCUUGGCAGACCUUUAAACCUGAGACUGCAUGGAACACCAAGUUUGUUCAGUGGAUUUGGUACACCAAGCAGCUCCUGCACCAGCAUGUAUGAGAAGACCUUUCCUAUCAAAGUGGUGCAGAGCCCGACACACAGCACCUCAUCUGUCCACAUACACAGGGCCAAGCCACGUUGCACAGCACAAGAGUCUGUUCGUGAAGAGGAGAAGGAGGUCUACAGGCAGCUUCUGAACAUGGUCUCCGGUGGUCAGUCGUCUUGUCUUCACAACGGCAGCUCACACGCCUUCGUGAGGUCACACAGAGAUUUCACCAGCUUUCUGACCACCAGCCGCAGACUACUACAGUUGUCUUCCCCUACUGGGUCAGCUGUAGAAGGAACUUCAGAGGGACCCAACAGCCCUCCCAGUCCCAGGGGGAUGUCGAGCCAGAGCUCCAGCAACCUUCCUAGCCCUGUGGGGACCUCCAGCAAGAUGUGGUCUGUAGACAUGGACCUCAGCAGGGCAGCUACCCUCAUGUUGGCUCCUUCCCCAUCUGCUGUGCAGGAUACCUCCUCUCAGGACACGCAGUCAUCAGCUCAUAAUGGUGACUCAGUAAUUAUUGUAAAUGAGCAAAAGGGUAAAAAAGGCAGCUCAAGUGUGCCAUGUUUCCAAGCGGAGUUAUGGAUCAAAGAAUUGACAAGUAUGUAUGACUCUCGGGCGAGAGAAAGACGGAGACAGAUAGAAGAACAGGAGGCCCUGGCUGCCCAGCUGCUGCGACAGCGCCUGUCUGAAGAGGUGCAGCGCAGCCCAGAUGUGGAGGUCCAUGUUAGAGUUCCUUUGGAGAAGGAGGUUCCUUUGACUCUUAUCAUUGAAGAGGCAAAGCCUGCGGAAGAGAAACCAGAAUUCCCUGAACUCACAGAGGAAAUGGAGGCUGAAAUAAACAGGGGGCUUAAAGGAGGAAGUCCUCAUGAAGUGUUAAGUGAAGGUUUUGGUCUCAGCCUAAGACGCAAGGACCUACAGACCCUCGGCAGCCUCAAUUGGCUCAAUGACGAGGUGAUCAACUUUUACAUGAAUUUGCUGGUUGAGCGCAGCAAGGACCCCAACCUGCCAUCAGUCAAUACGUUCAACACCUUCUUCUACCCCAAGCUGCGCAGCAGCGGCUAUUCAGCUGUCCGCCGCUGGACCAAAAAGAUGGACAUCUUUUCUAAAGACAUCCUGCUGGUUCCUGUCCACUUGGGGGUGCACUGGUGCCUCUCUGUGGUGGAUUUCCGGAAAAAGGCUAUCAUGUACUUUGAUUCUAUGGGAGGAAACAAUGAUGAAGCAUGCACAAUAUUGUUUGAUUACCUGCAACAAGAAAGUAAGGACAAAAAGGGCAAAGAACUGGAUACCUCAGGCUGGACUCUGCACAGCAAAAAGCGCAAUGAAAUCCCACAGCAGAUGAAUGGUAGUGACUGUGGAAUGUUCACAUGCAAAUAUGCAGAUUACAUUACCAAAGACAAGUCAAUCACAUUUACACAGAAACACAUGCCCUACUUCAGGAGAAGGAUGGUUUGGGAGAUUCUGAAGCAUAAACUUUUGUGAUGUCAAAAUUAGGAUUAUGUCCCAGUGUUGCAAGUACAAACUGUGAUGGUUGAGUCAUGUUCAACAGGAGAAUCCACUUCCAGUAGUCCUGUUUUGGGAAAAACGUGUACACCAGCUCUUCAGAUCCAGAACCAAACUCUGCCAAUCUCCAUCCUCAAAAGUUAAUCAAGCCUUCAGCUGAACUUGGCUCAUGAGAUGUUGCUGGAGUACCAAGCAAUGCCUCCUGGUCCUCUACUCCAGUUUAUUGGGGUUUUUUGGUGCACCAAUGGAGCAUCAGUAUAGCAGCUCAAACACUGCGUGUUUUGUAUUGCCCAGCCAAAAACUCUUUUUGAAAUCACACCUUGUACUGGCUUACAAACCAUACUCUGCUGCAAUGUUCAGUUUGAUGCAGACACACAAGUUUACAUGUUUUUGUCUUGCAGGGAGAUGAGUGCAUCAGGCUGCGUUGUUUUUUUAUAACCGCAGUAAUACUACAUUUUGGUAUAACUGUCACUAUUUGAUACUUGUGGUAUGUGCAAAAGAAGAUUGACUUUAUAAUGAACAUAUAAAUGCCCCAAAAAAAACUUUGAAUGGCAUCUAGUCUAAAAAUCUUUGUAUUUGGGCAUAAGAUUUGUACUUUUGUUUCCUGCAAUAUGAACAGUUUCCCUAAAACAUGAUUAUUUUUGUAGUCUUUUGUUUUUGAUUAAAUGCACAUAAGUCUUUAAAUGUGACAUUGCCUCAGAGUGUGAUUUGUAAUGACAAUGGAUUGCUGUCUUACCUUUCCACUGACCUGCUAGUGUAACAACAUAGUCUUACACCCUGAAGUAGCAGGGUAACAAGUUUAGCCAUUUCCUUAUAUAUGAGUCUUGAUAAAAGAUUGUAAAUUAAGUUUUUCAAAGUCUAUUUUAUGUAUUUGAGAGUCUUUUGGUUUAAUGGCAACUUUUGGGCAUAUUCAGAAUAUUUUGAACUUUGUAAAAACAUACAGC